AUGUUCAAGAAUGACGAUCUCGUCGCCGAACCGGGAACCAAGUUCGCGUAUGUAACUAUAAUAUAUUUUUGUUGAAUUUUUAUUCGAGUUUUUUCAGGUAUACAACACAUGGUCUGACUCUAGCGAGUGCAGUUUUGGAAAAAGCGGCUGGAGAAGACUAUCCAACGCUUGCGAAGAGGCUUUUCUUCGAUCUAGGGCUCCGGAACACCCACCUCGACGUCAAUCAGAAGAUAAUUGCUGGGAGAGCGAGGUUUUAUAAAAAAAAUUAUAGAAAAUAACAGAUUCCUCCACUUUCAGUUACUAUCACAGAAACGAUAAAAAGGUCUUAGAGAACUGUCCAGAGGUCGACUGUUCCUACAAAUGGGCCGGCGGCGGAUUGCUUUCAAACGUUUCUGACUUGCUCGUUUUUGCGAAUGCGAUUCUGUACAGGUGAGCUUUUGGAACCUUUCUUUUUCGAAAUUCAAUUCAGCUCACAAAAUGACACCAGCGACUCUCUGAUUACUCACGAAACUAUGAGAAAAUUCCUGACGCCUCAAAUCGAAGUUGAGAAAAACGUGAGAGCGGCUCUGGGAUGGAUGAUCGUUGAAGGCAAAGACCUUAAAAGUGCCGAUGAUAAAAGGUAAGUUUCUUGUUUCUCAAUAUGCAAAAUUUUCUGCGAAUCUGCAAAAAAAAAACGGUAUUAAAAAAACGAGCGAAAAGUACAAAAAAACCAUUUCUUUAUAAAGUCAAGGGUUUACAGGAGCACUGGAGGCUUCUUCUACCACACUGGAGGAGCUGUUGGAGCUUCGUCGGUUCUUCUAGUUCGUCCAGCUAAAGAAACUCGCAAAGAAUCGCCUUCUGGAGUCUGCGUCGCGAUUCUCUGUAACCUUCAGGAGACAUCUGUUCUUUCUCUGGCUCACCAAAUCGAGGAAAUCUUUCGUAAAUAG